AUGCCUGUCCUUGGCGCGACCUCCCGACGUCCACCUUCCCUGCUCAUCUUGGCACACUGCUCCCAGGCUUGGAAUGGAAUGGGCCUCGAUCGCCCUGCCGGCUAA